GUGUUUGUUUGUUGUUUGCGCGUGUGUGUAUUAAGUGAAAUAAAUAAAUAUUAACAAUAAUAUGGCAGACACAGCUGUAGCUUCCGAGGCACCGGCACCGGCUACGCCGGCGAAGAAGCAGCCUAAGGCGUCUGCCGCGGCGGGCGGUGUCAAGAAGGCGAAAGCCAAACCGACCCACCCGAAGACAUCGGAGAUGGUCAACAGCGCCAUCAAGGAGUUGAAGGAGAGGAGCGGAUCGUCCCUGCAGGCCAUUAAGAAAUACAUAGCGGCCCAAUACAAAGUCGACGCCGAGAAAUUGGCACCGUUCAUAAGGAAAUAUUUGAAGAGCGCCGUCGAAUCCGGAGCACUGAUCCAGACCAAGGGCAAAGGUGCGUCGGGAUCGUUCAAAUUGGAAUCCAAAUCGUCAUCGUCCAAGAAACCGGCCGGCGGUGCGGCGGGCACCAAGAGGUCCGCGUCCGCGGCCGGCGCCAAAUCGAAGAAGGGAUCCGCCGCGUCCGCGUCCUCCUCCAAGGCGAAGAAGGCCGCCUCCGCCGGCGGUGCGUCUUCGUCGCCGUCGAAGGCGGCCGGCGGCAAGGCGGCCUCGUCCGCCGCCACCGCUAAGGACAAGAAGGCUGCGGCCGCGGCCAAGAAGAAGCCCGCGGCGGCCAAGAAGGCCGCGGCGGCCGCGCCCGCGAGGGCCAAGGCCGCUGCCGCGCCGAAGGCGAAGAAAACUGCCAAACCCCCUACGAAGAAACCGAAAGCGCCCAAGCCGAAGAAGGCCGCCACAACACCCAAGAAGCCCGCAGCAAAGAAAGCGGCCGCGUCAAAGAAGUAAAUCCCUACCUGUGUAUGUACCUGGUAUAUACCGCCGCUCUCUUUAUCUCUCCGCCGUUUGUUUACUGCUAGUUGCUUGCAGAAACAACGACAACAACUACCACGAAGACGGACGUCGUCGAAGAAGAAGAGAUCGGGGUGGGUGGGAAAAAGCGUGCACCGUUGUGUGCGCGUGCCGUGCCGCGCCCAUGGUGCCCUUUAGCGCCGAACAAAAAGCCCUUUUCAGGGCUAACAUAUGGUUCAAUGUGUAUGUUUCUUUGUACAACAACAAUAAUAACACAUGUCUGUGUGUGUUGUGUCGUCGACCUACCUUGUGAGACAGGAGUGUAAGUAUCGCUUCUUACGUAAGUAUUGAUGAAGAAGAAGAGAGAGAGUGUUAAAUAAAAAAAAUAAAUAAAAAUAUACAAACGCAUGAACAUUCAGAUAUAUAUUUCAUUACCUGACUGUGUUAUUAGCUAGCUAGCUCAUGAUAUGUAUAAUAUAACGUAACGUAAU